GAGCAGGUGCGGCCGAGCCCCUCGCAUGCCGCUGCCGGGCCGGAGGUGCUAGCGGCGCCCGGCGCGCUCCGCCCGCCCCUCCUCCGGGCCGCACUUGGGCUCUGGCGCGCGCGGGGACAUGUCGGUGGCGACGGGCAGCAGCGAGGCGGCCGGUGGGGCCGGCGGCGGCGGCGCGCGGGUUUUCUUCCAGAGUCCCCGGGGCGGCGCCGGCGGCAGCCCGGGCUCGAGCAGUGGCUCAGGCUCCUCCCGGGAGGACUCGGCGCCCGUGGCCACGGCGGCCGCGGCGGGGCAGGUUCAGCAGCAGCAGCAGCAGCAGCGGCGCCACCAGCAGGGAAAAGUGACAGUGAAAUACGAUCGCAAGGAGCUUCGGAAGCGGCUGGUGCUGGAGGAGUGGAUCGUGGAGCAGCUGGGUCAGCUGUACGGCUGCGAGGAAGAAGAAAUGCCAGAAGUAGAAAUUGACAUUGAUGAUCUUCUUGAUGCAGACAGUGAAGAAGAGAGAGCUUUAAAAUUACGGGAAGCUCUUGUAGACUGCUACAAACCAACAGAGUCAUAG